AUGGGCCCCGCCACGCAGCAGCGCCACCGCACCCGGGCUCGUCGGACAGCCACCAGCAAGCCCAGGCCGGCGGUGGACGACGACGGCGGCGUCAGGUGCGAGGCGUGCGGGUCAGGAGACGACGCGGACGAGCUGCUGCUGUGCGACGGCUGCGACCGCGGCGUCCACAUCUUCUGCCUCCGCCCAAUCCUCCCCCGCGUCCCCGCCGGCGACUGGUUCUGUCCCUCCUGCACCACCACCACCAAAUCCGGCACCGUCAUCCAGACCAAGAUGCCCAAACAAUUCCCUCUGAUCCAGACGAAGAUCGUUGACUUCUUCAAGAUCCAGCGGGGCCCGGCCGUGGCCGAGCCGACGGAGGGGAAGAAGAGGAAGCGGAAGGCGCUGGUGGCGUCCAAGAAAAAGAGCAGGAAGCUGCUGCCCUUCACCCCCAGCGAGGACCCCGCGCGGCGCCUCACGCAGAUGGCGUCGCUCGCCACGGCGCUCACGGCCACCGGCGCCGUCUUCAGCAACGACCUCACCUACGUCCCCGGCAUGGCGCCCCGCUCCGCCAACAGCGCCGCCCUCGAAGCGGGAGGGAUGCAGGUGCUGCCGAGGGAGGACGUGGAGACCUUGAGUCUGUGCAAGAGGAUGAUGGAGCGAGGGGAGUGGCCUCCUCUCCUCGUCGUCUUCGAUCCGGUGGAAGGGUUCACGGUGGAGGCAGACAGGUGCAUCAAGGACCUGACCAUCAUUACCGAGUACGUCGGCGACGUGGACUACCUGCGAAACCGCGAGCACGAUGACGGGGACAGCAUGAUGACGCUGCUCUCCGCCGCACCGCCAUCCAAGAGCCUCGUCGUCUGCCCCGACAAGCGGAGCAACAUCGCGCGGUACAUCAACGGGAUCAACAACCACACGCCGGAGGGCAGGAAGAAGCAGAACCUCAAGUGUGUGCGGUACGCCGUCGACGGCGAGUGCCGCGUGCUCCUGGUGGCCAACCGGGACAUCUCCAAGGGGGAGAGGCUCUACUAUGAUUACAAUGGGUCUGAGCAUGAGUACCCAACCCACCAUUUUGUAUGACAUGACCUGCUGAUGGUUGUUAACCUGCAUAUUCGUUUAUAGGAAAAUGAUUCUGUUGAUACCCAACCCCAAGAAUCUGUUAGUGCAGUCACCUAAUUUGUAGAUUUGGAUUGCCUUUAACCCUGGAAUUGGUACAAGGGAAGUUGUAUUAUCAAACAUUGUGUAACAAUUAGAAUGGUAUUGAAGGAAUGUAAUGGCAAAUGGGGUUUUCUGUUUCA